AUGGCCACCACUGCCCUCAAUGCCGGAGGUGUCCACUCACCAUCUACUAGCAUGGCGACAUCCUCUCAGUAUCACCAGCUGCUGAGUGACUAUGGACCUCCAUCACUAGGCUACACCCAGGGAACUGGAAAUAGCCAAGUGCCUCAGAGUAAAUAUGCAGAGCUGCUGGCCAUUAUCGGAGAGCUGGGGAAAGAGAUCAGACCCACAUAUGCAGGGAGCAAGAGAGCCUUGGAGAGGCUAAAAGGAGGCAUCAUUAAUGCCCGAAGCCUGGUUUGGGAGUGCUUGCCUUAA